GGGCUGGUGAAGAGGAGGUGAGGAUGUGGACGUUCAUCAUCCAGCUCCUGGUCAGUCUGGUGCUCCUGGGCUUCUUCCUGGUCAGCUGCCAGAAUGUGAUGCACAUUGUCAAGGGCUCCCUGUGCUUUGUGCUCAAGCACGUCCACCAGGAGCUGGACAAGGAGCUGGGGGAAAGCGAGGGCCUGAGUGACGACGAGGAGACCAUCUCCACCAGGGUGGUCCGGCGUCGUGUCUUCUUGAAGGGGAAUGAGCUUCAGAAUAUUCCAGGGGAGCAAGUGACCGAGGAACAAUUUACGGAUGAACAGGGCAACAUCAUCACCAAGAAGGAUCACACCUCAACACCCAACCCCUGA